GUAGCUGCUGUCAAUCACUUAUUACAGUACCGGUGGAUACGGAGGGGGCGGGCGAAGCUAAGAAAAUUAUAAGGUCAUUUGAAUUACUGUAGCGAGCGAGAUUAUGGCUACUAUAAAACAGAAAAAAUGAUUCCAGUGAUAAGAACUGACGGAUGAUUUAAAUGGGGGUAAAGUUGAACCGAGGCGCCACGCUAAUUUGAUAGAAUAUCGCUGGUGGAAGAGAGAGCUGAACUGAACCCCGGUGUGUGUCUGACAAGCCAAGCGGGCGACAGGGUGAGCCAGGCAAACGGUGGAAGGCUUUGCUAAGCCGAUCAAGGCGGAAUAGCACAAAACGGGGCUGGUGUUUAUACGCACAUUGUAGUGAUUGUGGAUACGUGAAGCAAGAUGAUGCGUCUGGCGUGCACUACGGCCCUACUCUUCGUGCUGCGUCUCCUGGCGGGGUUACCGUGGUUUCAGGUGCUUCCCUCUAUCGCCAUCUUCUACCUGGGCACCGGGGGGUGGAGCUUCCUGCAGAUCUUUGCCAAGACCAUCGGCAGAGACCUACAUGCGGCAGGCGUCCUCCUGAAGGUGAAGUUGAAUGUACGGAGGCACCUGAGCGAGAAGAACACCAUCCCCAAGAUCUUCGCUGAGACGGUGCGUCGCCAUGGCGACAAGACGGCUCUGAUCUUCGAGGGCACCGGCGAGAGGUGGAGCUUCCAUCAGCUGGACGAGUACUCGAAUCGCGUGGCCAACCUGCUGCUCCAGCGAGGGUUUGUGGAGGGAGAUGUGGUGGCCCUCUUCAUGGAGAACCGGUCCCAAUACGUGGGCCUGUGGCUGGGCAUGGCCAAGAUAGGAGUGGAGGCCGCCCUCAUCAACUUCAACCUGAGGCUGGAGGCCCUGGUCCACUGUGUGACCAUCUCCAACGCCAAGGCAGUGGUGUUUGGCAGCGAGCUGACUGAUGCCAUGUCGGAGAUCCACAGCUCCAUGGGGAGGACAGUCCAGCUGUUCUGCUCCGGAGACUGGGAUCCCCAAAAGGUUCCUGAGGGAACCGAGUGCCUAGAACCCCUCCUGGACUCUGCCCCCACCCACCUGCCCAGCCGGCCCCAGCGUUGCUUCACAGACCGUCUUUUCUACAUCUACACAUCUGGGACCACAGGGAUGCCCAAGGCGGCCAUUGUGGUACACAGCAGGUACUAUCGCAUGGCUGCGUUGGUUUACCACGGUUUCAAGAUGACCCCAGACGAUGUGCUGUAUGACUGCCUUCCCCUCUACCACUCUGCAGGUAACAUAGUAGGAGUGGGCCAGUGCCUGAUCCAUGGGAUGACUGUGGUCAUCAAGAAGAAGUUCUCAGCUUCACGCUUCUGGGAUGACUGUGCCAAAUACAACUGCACGAUCGUCCAGUACAUCGGGGAGAUCUGCCGGUACCUGCUGAACCAGCCGGUGCGGGACACGGAGCGUCAGCACCGGGUGCGCAUGGCCCUGGGGAACGGCCUGCGCCAGUCCAUCUGGGAGGAGUUCACCCAGCGCUUCAGCGUGCCGCAGAUCGCCGAGUUCUAUGGCGCCACCGAGUGCAACUGCAGCCUGGGGAACUUUGACAACAAGACGGGCGCGUGCGGCUUCAACAGCAGGAUCCUGCCCUACGUCUACCCCAUCAGACUGGUGAAGGUGGAUGAAGAGACCAUGGAGCUCACCAGAGGUCCUGACGGAGUCUGCAUCCCCUGCCAACCCGGUGAGCCAGGUCAGCUGGUGGGCCGGAUCAUCCAGAACGACCCUCUCCGAAGGUUCGACGGCUAUGUCAACCAGUCAGCGACCAGCAAGAAGAUCGCCAACAGCGUGUUUAAAAAGGGAGACAGUGCCUAUCUCUCAGGCGAUGUCUUGAUCAUGGAUGAGUGUGGCUACAUGUACUUCAAGGACCGCACAGGCGACACGUUCCGCUGGAAGGGGGAGAACGUGUCCACCACCGAGGUGGAGGGCACCCUGAGCAGGCUGCUGGACAUGAAGGAUGUGGUCGUCUACGGGGUGGAGGUUCCAGGAGCGGAGGGCAAGGCUGGCAUGGCCGCCAUUGCUGACCCCACACACACCACCGACCUGGAGAAGUUUGGGCGAGACCUGGAGAAGACCCUGCCCCCCUAUGCUCGGCCGGUCUUCCUGCGCUUCCUGCCGGAGGUCAACAAGACAGGCACCUACAAGUUCCAGAAGUCCGACAUGAGACGGGAGGGCUUCGACCCCAGCCUGGUGUCAGACAGACUGUACUUCCUGGAUCCCAGCAGGGGGCGCUAUGCGGCGCUGGAUCAGGAGCUGCACCGUAGCAUCCUCUCAGGGAAGCAGAAACUCUGAGACCACAGGAACCGCCCUCCCCACACACACACACACACACACACA